GUAUCCUCUACUCCAGCAUUACUGAAGAAAAGCUGCGUAUCGCCCAAUGUCCACCCAUUUCAAAAUGGCACGAGUGCUUUGACGGCCUCAACUGGUGACCACAAGCUUGGUCCCUUUUGCAUUGCAGUUAACCAAGAAUGUUUACCCUCACAGAAGUUGCAUCCCUCAACGAUAUCCAGGCAACCUAUCGGAUUCUGAAGCCAUGGUGGGAUGUUUUCAUGGACUACUUAGCCAUCGUAAUGCUGAUGGUCGCUAUCUUUGCAGGCACCAUGCAGCUAACCAAAGAUCAAGUUGUAUGUCUUCCUAGGAUGUCAGAAAUACAGAAAUGUAGCUCCAAAGCUACUUUGACACCUUCUCCAACAUCUACAGUAUCACAACUGGAGAGCAGAUCACCACAUGACUCACUUACUCCGCAGGCAACAGGACAACAGGCAACAGGACAACACUCGGGUUCCAGUAAAAACGGCCCUUUUAACUUUGGCCGCCCAACGAACCUGGAGUACCAGCAAUAUAUUUUCAUCAAUCAGAUGUGCUACCAUGAGGCCUUGCCCUGGUAUUCCAAGUAUUUCCCCUACCUUGCCCUGAUCCACACACUCAUCCUCAUGGUCAGCAGCAACUUCUGGUUCAAGUACCCCAAGACCAGCUCCAAGAUCGAACAUUUUGUCUCCAUCUUGGGAAAGUGCUUCGAGUCUCCGUGGACGACAAAAGCGCUCUCCGAGACGGCGUGCGAGGACUCUGAGGAGAACAAGCAGCGCUUCAAGACCUCGGUCGCAAAGCACCUGUCGACGGGCAGUGAAGAGGAGAGUCCCAGCUCCAGCACGCCCAUGAUAACGAGGAUCGGGCCCAAGUUUUCGACAGACAAGCCCGUCAUUGAGGUUCCCAGCAUGACGAUAUUAGACAAGAAAGACGGGGAGCAAGCCAAAGCGCUCUUCGAAAAGGUCCGUAAGUUCCGAGCCCACGUGGAAGACAGCGAUUUGAUUUACAAACUCUACGUUGUACAGACGGUGAUAAAAACAUUGAAAUUAACGUUUAUUUUAUGCUAUACACUUACGUUUAUGACUUCUAUAAAGUUUGAACAUAGCUGUGAACCAGGCAUAGAGCAUUUGACUGGAUAUACUGAAUUUUGCUGUACUCACAACAUGGCUUUUAUGCUGCGUAAAUUACUAAUUAGUUACGUUGCACUUAUAUGUGUUUAUGGACUAGUUUGCCUUUACACUUUGUUUUGGCUGUUCAGGCGGCCUCUAAAGGAAUACUCGUUUGAAAAGGUGCGUGAGGAGAGUAGCUUUAGUGAUAUCCCGGAUGUGAAAAAUGACUUUGCCUUUCUCCUGCACAUGGUCGACCAGUACGACCAGCUCUACUCCAAGCGCUUUGGUGUCUUCCUGUCGGAGGUGAGCGAGAACAAGCUGAGGGAGCUCAGCCUGAACCACGAGUGGACCUACGAGAAGCUCAAACAGCACGUCUCGCGCAACCCCCAGGACAAGCAGGAGCUCCACCUCUUCAUGCUGUCCGGCGUGCCCGACGCCGUCUUCGACGUGACCGAGCUGGAGGUGCUGAAGCUGGAGCUGAUACCUGAGGCCAAGAUCCCUGCCAAGAUCUCCCAGAUGAUCAAUCUCCAGGAGCUGCACCUCAACCAUUGCCCCGCCAAAGUGGAGCAAACUGCCUUCAGCUUCCUCCGCGACCACCUGAGGUAUCUGCACAUUAAGUUCACCGACGUGGCGGAGAUUCCCACCUGGGUUUACCUGCUCAAAAACCUGCGUGAACUCCAUCUGGUCGGCAACUUGAACUCUGAAAACAAUAAGAUGAUCGCGCUGGAGUCCCUGAGGGAACUGAAGCACCUGAAGAUCUUGCACUUGAAGAGUAACCUGACCAAAAUCCCCUCCAAUGUUACUGACGUUGCACCCCACCUCACUGCACUGCUGGUUCACAAUGACGGGACCAAACUCUUAGUACUGAACAGCUUGAAGAAGAUGAUCAACCUCACCGAGCUGGAGCUGCACAAUUGUGAGCUGGAGCGCAUUCCCCACGCCAUUUUCAGCUUAUCCAACCUGCAGGAACUCGACCUGAAAUCCAACAACAUUCGCACCAUCGAGGAGGUGAUUAGCUUCCAGCACCUGAAGCGUCUGACCUGCCUGAAGCUGUGGCACAACAAGAUCAUCACCAUCCCUUCCUCCAUCAGCCUGGUGAAGAACCUGGAGAUGCUGUACCUUUCUCACAACAAACUGGAGGCGCUGCCAACGGCUCUCUUCACGUUGCAAAAGCUCCGGAUCCUGGACAUUGGCCACAAUUCCAUCAACAUCAUUCCCGCCGAGAUCGCCUCCCUCCAGAACUUGCAGCACUUUGCCAUGACGGGGAACCGCGUGGAAAUGUUGCCAAAGCAGCUUUACAAGUGCACAAAGUUGAAGGUUUUGAACCUGGGGCAAAACGGCAUCACUUCCAUUUCGGACAAGAUUAGCCAGCUGGUGCAGUUGACUCAGCUGGAAGUGAAGGGAAACUGCUUUGACAGACUUCCAGCCGACCUGGUCCACUGUCGCCUUCUGAAGAAAAGCGGGCUGGUGGUCGAAGAUCACCUCUUUGAUACACUGCCACCCGAGGUAAAAGACCUCAUGAACCAGGACUUUAAUACAAACACAACAUUUGGCGCAGGAAUCUAAAAGUAUUGGGCAAAGCAUAUAUAAGCAGCUUUGGAACUGAAUGUUUGCUUGCUUGUUAAACUUGAAAAUGAAAAUGUAUUAAAUAGAUCAAGGUACUUAAAAAAACAAGGCAACAAUUUAAAACAAAAUAGAUAACAAUGAUAGUUUAUUCCCUGAAAAAAAAGCUCUAAAAUCAUUGUAAUAAAUUGUAACCAAUUAACUAACUGUUGGUCGCUGGUUGUCUGAUGCAAGUCUGUCGACGACUGAAUAUUUGUUCAUGUAAUUUUGUUUGUUAAAUCGAUUUAAUUUUAAUUUAUUUUCAGCAUUUGGAGGAAAAAAUUUCUGUUGAUGAGUAGAUGGAUUAUUUGCUCUAUUGUUUUUUUUUUCUCCCAAUUGGUAGACCUCUGGUAUACAGCCAGUUAAUGCAGGAUUUGCAAGUAUGGCACCCGUGUGUUUCAGAUUCUUAACCUUAACCUCCCUUCUGGCACCUUGGAUGCUCUUUUAAAAGCACAGUUUUGAUCAGAAGGUUGCCGUUGGGCAUUAACCCACAAUUGUAUGUCUGUGCCACCACAAUAAAUGUCUCUU